AUGGCGGUCUCCUCCUGGUUCAGAGGGGCCCUGUUUGGGGUAUUGUAUACAGCUUCGACUUUCUCCCUGAGUUUCUGUGGGUCCAAUAUCGUCGAGCAAUUCUUCUGUGACGUCCCCUCCCUGCUGAAGAUCUCCUGCUCAGAGGACCACGUCGCCAUCAAUGUGAGCAUCACUGGUGGGGUAGCUUUAGGUGUUGUCUGCUUUGUCUUGAUCGUCAUCUCCUAUGUGUGCAUCUUCCGGGCCGUGCUGAGGAUGCCAGCCGCUGAGGGUCGGGCCAAAGCUUUCUCUACUUGCUUGCCCCACCUCGGUGUCGUCACCAUCUUCCUCUCUACGGCCUUCAUCUCCUACCUCAAGCCCGUGUCCGACUCCUCCUCAGUUCUGGACCUGCUAGUGUCUGUGCUCUACACCGUGGUGCCCCCCACCCUAAACCCCCUCAUAUACAGCCUGAUGAACCGGGACGUUUCUGACCGUGGGGGUAUCUAUAUAAAGAGCUAUCCAAAGAGAAUGUCCAGCGCCUGA